UUUCUAAAUGAUAUUUUUUUUACGACAGUCGUACCGUUGUCAAAGAUGCAAUUUACAAUCAUCCCUCCAAGAAAACGAAGACACGUUUUAAACGACACUUCAGUUAGUAUCACAAUACAUGACGUGAGAAGAGAAAUCAUGAGACAGUUUGAACAACUUAUGCCACUCAAGUACUGUAAGUCAAGUGAAAAGGUCUGUCCCGCAGGACCCCCCGGACUCCCUGGUACCACUGGAUCGAAGGGACCACGUGGCAGGAGGGGACAAAAGGGAAAGGAGGGCUCUCAAGGUCCCAUGGGACCACCUGGAAAAUCCGGAAAAACAGGAAUGACGGGUCCUGCAGGACCGAAAGGGGAAAAAGGAGACAAGGGAGAACCUGGGUCAAAAGGCAUGCCGGGACCACCUGGAAGGCCUGGAAAAUCAAUAUCUGCACCACAAGUAAUGUUGUCACCGGUAGAACAGACAAGGGAUGAAGGAGGGAAAACGACUUUUUAUUGCACAGUUGGAGGAAAUCCUCGUCCUGCCGUCGAAUGGCAAUUCAAAAGCAGAAAGCUUCUGUCAGGUGCAAAGUAUUUAAUUAAAGAGGGAGAGUUGAUCGUUAACAAUUUGAACUACAGCGAUGCUGGGCAAUACAUAUGUCAUGCCAAAAACAUUCUUGGAUCAUCUGAGGCCACUGGUAACUUGUCUGUUAGAGGUAAGAGGAAAACUGAAACUAUAAUCCGAAGGUUUAACACCCAGCUGCUUAAUAGUAAUGAUCUUUGAAGACUGUAAAUUAAAGGGCGGGGAUUGAAUCACACUCAUGAUUGAGAUUUUACUGGUCACCUUAUUUCUUGUUACUUUCAUUAUUUUUGUUUUUUUCUUUUUGCUUAUGUUUGUUUGAAGGCUCUUUUUACCUUUUUUGUCGCGCUGUCAACUUGUACAAACAAUAUGCGGCUGAAAUUAAUACUUAUAAAUAUUUACAAAUAUGACGACUUAAAAUUAGCAUCAUCUUGUAGAAUUGUUGCUCCGUCGUCCAAAGGCUCACAACGAUUGUUCCCUAUUCGUUGUUAUACGUAGUUACCUUGUUUAUCUUCUGUCAGGUCUUCCAAUCUUCUCAAAAGUUCCACCAUCGCUCGCUACGCCAGUACAGCGCACUACCUAUCAAGUAGUUUGUCAAGCUGAAGGUUUUCCUCGUCCAGUUAUCAGCUGGAAUAGACUGGGGAUACCUUUGCCAGCUGGAAGGACUGAGGUAACUCAAGGUAACGGGACACUAAUAAUUAAGAAAUUGAUUCCUGCUGACAGCGGUUUGUACGAGUGCACUGCAAGGAACACAAUGGGGACAAAGAGGGCUAGAAUCAACGUGGCAGUUCAACAACAAAAGCUAGGUAUGCUCUUUUGUUUAAGCAAAGAGUCGUUCUGGUAAACACAGUACCUCGGGAGUACCCUUAGAUGUUCGUUUUUAUGUAUGAGCUUAUAAGCCAGACUUUCUCACUUUGAGCUAAUUAUUACAGAUAACCCUGAAGUAACAUAUUUUUCUCCCUCAUCUUAUUUCUGAACUCAACAAACAAAUGAAAUCAUUUCCAGCCAAGUUUUGAAAAGAAAAUCAUCCCUUUGGCUAGGGCAGUCACCUCCUUGACGCGUCUCUAGAACGGACAGUUAAUUAGGGACGGUGCCUAAAACGAUUGAAAGAGAGAGAGAGAGUUGACUGAAUGUAUAUUUAGUACAGUAUUUUCUCGUUAUACUUAAAUUUACAAUCUCAAAGUUAUACAAUCUUUAAUUAAAUUGUUUAUUUUAAUAACCCACAUAUAAUCACUAAUCUGUUAAGAAUGGUAGAAUGAAUCAAUGAACGAACGAACGAACGAAAGAUUGAAUCAAUCAAUCAAUCAAUCACCGAACGAAAUGGAGGAAAAACUUUAUUCAUGUGUCAAACGAUCUAGCGUAAGGAAAUCCAUACGAUAAUUGGGGACACCUACUAGUUAUCUUUACCACAUAAACUUGUCUAUGGCUGUUAGUAUAACCUGCUUGAUCUUGGUUGGCUUAACUGGUUCUUGUAUUUUUGGCUACUAAAGUGGCAAAUGUUUGCCAGGGGCUUCUUGAUUAACAGGUUCUUAUUCGCAGGUGUUUACUGUAUUAGAAAUGUAUGGAAUGUGGGCCUGCCUGUCAUAUCUCUUGGUGUAAUAAGGUCAAAAUUUUACUACCUCAGUCUUUUUUUUUUAUACCGUUGAAAAGUCAACAUAAUUGAUAUUGACGUCUGAGCCAUCAGUUGUCAUCUCGCCAUUUUUAAUGCUUGUUGAUAUUUGUUCAGAUUUAGAAGACUCCGUUAUCGUGGGAAACAGCAUAAAUUACUUGAGGACUUUAAGAAACUGGCUGUCUCCAGUGGCCCGAAGCGUAAAUUCUGCCUGGAAGCGCUGUUGGCAUGCAUCUGUGGACGGCUGGGCUGCAAGUACAUUUCACUCACGAUGUGAUGGCAAGGGACCGACGGUAACAAUAAUAAGAGUUGGAAAAUAUAUUUUCGGAGGAUACACCAGUGUUUCAUGGGGUAAGAUAUUGUUGUUGAGAUAG